UUCACGGAUUCUCAGGAUGCUUCGAGUUGCAGUCAGCAGACCCGUUUUGCUACGGAAUGUGACAUCUGCCUAUCAGCCUCAUCGGCACGGCUUCACCAAAGCAAAUCAUGCAGGUAGACGCCACGGCGAAAACAGGUUUGAGGACCUCAUCCGAUGGUGGAUCCGUCUAAAGCCCUGGCAGGAGGAAGUAGCGACGCUCAAGCGGCGUCUACGACGUCACAAAGCCGGUUUUGAUCCGAACGUUCAUGGUCAGACUCGCUACCUUGUGCGGUUUCCCCAACUAACUGAUUCUGACUUCGAACAGUGGAAAGUCUUUACCGACGCGGACUUCGACGAGGGCUACUCCACUGCAGAGUUUGUGCGUUCGCCUCGCGGAGCUGUCGGUUCCACCGCUUUCGAUCACGAGGUCACUGAAUCUUUUGCGCCAAAGACCUUUCGUGACUCUCAGAACCCCCUUACCCCUAGCGAAAAGGAUGAACACCCCUUCUCAAUUAUGUAUUCUGCCGACGAACCGAAGCGCCUGCCGGACCCAGCCAGUCCAGAGUCUUAUGUACGUUCAACGUUGUUUUCAUUAGACCCACCCCGAGAGUGUUUCAAUGCAGGGUACGGGCUCUUUCGCGGCAACAUCAGCACCCGAGUGCCGGAACGUGGUGACCUUGUGCGCUCUGGCUUUGCCCAUCUCCGAUCGCCUGAGCACACCCAGUUUGGCUUCCUCAUGGAGUACAAUUUCUAUCCCUACACCCAUCUAAUCAUUCGGUGGACUUUAUUAGUAAAUCAGUGCCGCGCGCUGUGCUGUCGUAUCGCACGUCAUGUGUCUUGCUUCAGCUAUCGUGGUGACGGUCGUGCGUACCGGUUAAACAUCCACCCGAAGACGGAAUGGGACGCCUUCUGGUUCGACAUGCACCAAUUCCCCUUAUACACACGCGGCGGUCCCUAUUGGUGCAUUUCGAAGUUGCCGCUCUCUGCCUUCUACCUGAUUAGUCGGGGCACGGUGGUGGACCGGCAGCAACGCAUCUCCCCCUCGCGGGUGCGCAUGAUCUCCUUCACUCUCGCUGAUCGCCUGCCUGGACCUUUCGCCCUGGAAAUUGACUACAUUGCACUCUACUACGAUCACUUCCACAAGGAACGCUUUGCCUACGAGCAGUACGAUGCUCCUGCCAUCGUUAAGUAA